AUGAGCACAACGACUUUCACCCCAGCGGAGACGCGGCUCUUCAAGCCCCUCAAAGUGGGCAACAUGACGCUGCAGCACCGCAUUGUCUACCCUCCUCUGACGCGGUUUCGCAAUGACGACGAGCACGUGCCUCUGCCGAUGAUGGUCAAGCACUACGCCGACCGCGCCGUCAUUCCGGGCACUCUUCUCAUCUCCGAGGCCACUGCUAUCUCUCCAGCCGAGGAGGGACAGAAGAACAACCCGGGAUUGACUACGGAGGCACAGGUGGCCGGGUGGGCCAAGAUUUACGAGGCCGUCCACGCCCGCGGCUCUUUUUUCUUCCAGCAGCUCUGGGGGAUGGGUCGGGCGGCCGAUCCGAGCUAUGUGAAGGAGCGUGGCUUCGACUACCGGUCUAGCAGUGCCGUGGCGAUGCCCGGCGUCGAGGCCGUGCCGCGGGCGAUGACCGAGGAGGAGAUCCAGGAGACGAUCCGGGGUUUUGCCGAGACGGCCAAACGCGUCGUCGCAGCGGGCGGUGACGGCGUGGAGCUCCACGGCGCCCACGGCUACUUGCUGGACCAGUUUCUGUCGGACCGUGUGAACCAGCGGACGGACAAAUGGGGCGGCUCGAUUGAAAACCGGGCCCGUCUGAUGCUCGAGUGCGUCCGGGCUGUGGCUGACGCUAUCGGUGCCGAGAGAGUGGGCCUGCGGCUGUCGCCGUAUGCCAGCUUCCAGUCGGCCGAAAAGUCGGACAUUGUUGGGACAUACAAUUACCUCAUCGGCGAGCUGAAGGCCAUGAAGACGCCCUUGGCCUACUUGUCUCUUGUUGAGCCGAUCGGCGACCCGUCCUCCGUUUUGCUGGGCAAGACGGCGGCCAACCUGGACAAGACGCUGGACUUUAUCCUGGAGGACUGGAACAACCUGACCCCGGUUCUCGUCGCCGGUGCAUACACACCUGAGACGGCCGCCCGUGCAGUUGAGGAGCGCUACAGCAAGUGGGACGUUCUGAUCGGCUUUGGCCGUACCUACAUCGCCAACCCCGACAUUGUCUUCCGGAUCAAGCACGGCCUGGCACUGAACCCGUACGACCGUGCGACGUUCUACGUUAACAAGUCUGAAGUCGGUUACAACGACUAUCCUUUCAGCGAGGAGUACCUCGAGAGCGUUAAGAACAAAGCUUGA